AUGAGGUUCUUUCCACACGCUCUGGUCGCGCUGGCAGUCGCAGCCACCGCUGCUGUUGCUGCGCCCAUGGAGAAAAGGGCGCAGUACCCCGACCCCAACGACGAUCCCUUCUACUCGGCACCAGCCAACAUCGCCUCGUUCUCCAACGGCCAGGUGAUCCAGUCGCGCUCGGCCACCACCGACCUUGGUAACCUCAACAACGCCACCUCGUUCCAGCUGCUUUACCGAACCACCAACACCUCGGGGCAGCCAGAUGUCACGGUCGCGACUGUCUGGGUCCCCGCCAAGCCCGUCUCGCCGGCCAAGAUUUUCUCGUACCAGGUGUAUGAAGACUCGUCGCAGCUCAACUGCGCUCCAUCCUACAGCUACUUGACUGGAUUGGACCAGCCCAACAAGGUUACCGUCGUACUCGACACGCCCAUCGCCAUCAGCUGGGCGCUCCAGCAGGGCUACUACGCCGUCUCGGCCGAUCACGAGGGUCCCAAGGCCGCCUUCAUCGCUGGCUACCAAGAGGGCAGGGCCAUCCUGGAUGGUAUUCGUGCUUUGAAGAACUUCCAGAACCUGCCUUCGAGCAGUGCUGUCGGCUUGUACGGUUACAGCGGUGGUGGACAUGCCACUGGCUGGGCCGUCAACUUGGCCGACUCGUAUGCUCCGGACGUCAACAUCAUUGGUGCCGCGUACGGUGGUGUGCCUACGAGCACCCGCGACAUCUUCAACUUCCUCAACGGAGGCUUUUUUGCCGGGUUCCCCAUCGCCGGUGUGUCUGGCCUCGGUAUGGCGUACCCCGAGCUCGAGGACUUCAUCCAGGCUCGACUCAACGCCAAAGGAAAGGAGACGAUCAACAAGUUCCGCAGCCGUGGUUUCUGCCUCGCUCAGGUGGUGACGAACGAUAACUUUGUCAACAUCUACUCGCUCGUCAACGACAGCAACAUCCUCAACGAGCCCGUCCCCUCCGAGGUGCUGGCCAAAGAGACGCUGCUGCAGACCCAGGCGAGCUACAACGUCCCCGUGCCCAAAUUCCCGCGAUUCCAAUGGCAUGCGCUCUUCGACGAGAUCGUUCCCUACAAACCGGCGGAGCAGUACGUGCAGGAGCAGUGUGCCAAGGGUGCAAACAUCAACUGGAACGUGUACCCGAUCGCUGAGCACGCUACUGCCGAGCUGAUUGGCUUGGUGCCCGGCAUCUACUGGCUGAGCCAGGCCUUCAACGGCCAAGCCCCCAAGGUGGCAUGCGGUGCCGGCAUUCCCGACAUCGCAGGCUCCAACACGCCACCGGCACAACAGGUCCUCGGAACCGAUCUGGCCAAGCAGCUCGCUAGCCUCAACGGCAAGCAGUCCGCCUUUGGCAAGCCCUUUGGCUCCUACAAGCCUCCGUCUUCUUGA